AGAGACAGAGAGAGAGAGAGAGAGAGAGAGAGAGAGAGAGAGAGACAGAGACAUGCUCACUACACACCAGCUCUGUGUGAAGAUGUUGGUGUUCUGCAUCACACUGCUAUCUCCUCCUCAUGUUGACCUUUGACCUCAUGUUGACCUUUGACCUCAUGUUCACCUCUCAUGUCGUCAGUGUGUGAAAACAUACUGGAUAGUUCACUCAAAGGCCAGUCUAUAAAACUGAGAAAAAUACUUUUGUUUCCCCAUCUUUAAAAUGUCUGAAUCAGACACGCGUUUAAUCCAGAUUAAUAAAAUAAAAUGAUGAUAAUAAAGUUUAUUUAUAUAGAUGUUAGUAAUGUUUAUUAAACUAUGGAAACCUCUGCUCUACAUAAACUCUUUAAAGUAACCUGACAGAUGCUUUGACACUUUUUGCAGUGUAGAAAGGGGUGGGGGGUGUGGCUUACACGUGCAACACACACACACACACACACACACACACACACACACACAUACUCUCACAGUGAUAUUCUGCAGAGCUCAAACACUUUACGGACUCUGCUGCUGGACUGACUUUCUGUCUGACCUGCUCACCUGUCUGUCUGACCUGCUCACCUGUCUGUCUGACCUGCUCACCUGUCUGUCUGACCUGCUCAAGCUGGAAGUCCGACACGUUGUUUUCCUCCAGGAUUUGAUGGCAGCAACAGUGUGAGGACGUCGGAGCUCGUCUGGAGUUUGAUUUCCUGUUUCAAGGUUUUAAAGAGUUCACGGUCGGACGCUCUCAGGUUUGUCUCUAAUCUCUGUGAUAAAGGAAUCGACUGUGACUCAGUGUAUUGGAAACUUUUUGAUACAAAAAGUCAAAGCAGCUUUCUGCAGCAGCCAAUCAGAGCAGGUUGACAUUCAGGCUGGCUCACAGCUGGUGAAGCUUUCAUACCUGGAACCAAAUACACGUUACAACACUGACAUUUUGGUGGAUUUUGUUGAAGUUGGUGACUUGACAUUUUUUUCCACUUUCAUUUCUUUGUGUCAGUCAAAUCCUUUUAAAUCCUUUAAGUCUAAUUUUCUGUCAUGUAACAUUUCUUCUGUAAAAAGAGGAUGAAGUCAUUUUAAGGCUGAAGUCUCUUAAAGAUUUCUAUUUCAGAGGUUUUAGUUUUUUAAUUAACUGCGGCCAUGGCGAUGAAGCGUCUGAGCAGUUUGAUGCUGAGGAAGUGGAAGGAGAAGGAGAGAUGGACGGGGAGGAGGAGAAGCGAACCGUUUGGAGGAGGCGAUGAGGAAGAGGAGGAAGAGGAAGAGGAGGUGAGGCAGACAGAGAGCAGAGACAGACACACACACCAACGGAUGCUGAGGAGGAAGUCUGAUCCGUGUGGACGGACCGAGGACGAGGAAAAGACGGAGGAGAAGAAGAGCGGCAGAAAGAAAGACCGCCGGGGGUCUGAAUCGAACAUGGGCGAGGAAGACAGGAGAGACAGGAAGAGGGCGGAGUCAGGCAGAGGGAAAGAGAGGAGAAAAUCCACCUCGUGGGUCAUGGUGGAGGACAGAGAUGGAGGACAGAAGGACAGGAGGCAGAAGGAGGCGGACAGACGGAUGCUGCGGCGGCGGUCGGAGCCCUACGGGAUCCUGUACGUCCAAAUGCUUCCUUUGUCAAACAGGAAGAGGAGGGAGCUGAUGCAGAGACGGACAGGACACAGGACAUCCUGCACCGAGGAGGGGGACGGACAGACGGACACGAGGGAGGGAAACGAGGUCAGAGAGAUGAGCAGGGGGAGGUCAGAGCCCAUCGGCCCGCUGGAUGACACCCACAGCAUCUCCUCUCCCCCUUCCCUCCCUCCUCCCCCCUCCCUCCUCCAUGAGGAGGAGGUGAGUGUUUUCCGUUUGGAGACGUACCUGACGGAGCCGAGGCGCCCGGAGACCAGGAGGAUGCGCUCCUUCUCCUCACCGCCUGAUACAGGACAACGCUCCUCCUCCUCUUCCUCCUCCUCCUGCUGCUUCCAGCCGCCUCCUCUGGCCCCGCCUCUUCCUGUCAGGAGGCUGGUGAGUGAGAUCCUGUAACUAUGUGUGUAUUACCACAAAAAGUCAGAUUCCAAAAUGAAGAGAGCCUACAGCGGUGAUAGGGGAGACCGGGGCUGAGUGUCACACUUCAUAUUCUUCAGUAAGCUUCUCAUCAUCAACACACAGAGAGAAGUUUAGACAUUUCUCCUCAAAGCUCCCAUCCCGUCCUCAUGUUGACCUUUGACCUCGUGUUCACCUCUCAUGUCAUGUGAAACCUUUAGAGCAAAUUUACAUGAUCUGAUUGAUCUGAUACAGGCGUCAGUAAAAACCCUCAUUUCAGAAACUAUUUCAGCUGCUGUCUCUUUAAGACCCCCUCCCCACCUGCCCACUGCCCUCUGAUUGGUCAGCUCUCUGGAAGCCAUCUGGGGGCAGAACGCUGCAGGGCUGCCAGGCGAGGGCUGCUCUCCAGUGCUGGGAGAAGAGAGUCUAUGUAAGAGGUUUCAGAGGCUUGAAGCCGUUUCAUAUCAGGGAGCUACACUCUUCCUAUAUGUGGUGAAACCUAAUGUUCUCACCAAGGAGGUACUUCAUACUACAAAACAGUCUCUGUUUUUUUUAAAUGAUCGAUAGUAUCACUUGGUUUACUCAAAUUCACAAGACGGCAAAUAUUGACCUUUGUCAAAUCCUCUUAGAGUCUCAAAAAGAUGAAAAUGUGUCGUCCAUGUUUCUUUCAGCGACAUGCAGACAAAGAUAUAAACAAAGUAGGAAAACGCUUUGCAUAUCUAGUUCAUAGAACACGUGAGAGGAAUGAGCCCAUCAAAAAUUGAAAGUAGACACCCACACACUGUCUAAAUUACAGAAAUACGCUGGCAACAUUUUGUGCAUUUUCCACAGUGUGCAGCAGGUGUUGGAAGUGUUGCCAGAAAUGACUCCACGAGCGUUUAAGACUUAAGUUACAUUUUGUGGUGCUGUUUUAUCGAUGUCAUUGGAUUUUAACUGGAAUCAUAUUUAAGUUUGAAAUUCUAGUAUCACAACACCCUAUGUUGCUCUCUGUGUAUUAUAGGUUAAUAUAACUUGAUUUAAAACAACACAUCUGAUAUCCAAUGAUAUACUUUACAUAAUUCAGAUAUAAUUAAAUACUUAUUAAAUACUCCUCAGCUCUGCUCAUAAUCAGUAACCUAACACUUGUAUAGUCUCGGGUUAAGGAAUGUUUCCUGUUGUGUUCUCUCCUCUACAUUAAAUAUUGUUGAUUUAAUGUUCAAUUGAUGCAUCAAACUUUCUUUCUCACGUAAACAAAUCAUUCCUCUGCAUGACACAGAACCCCGCUCAGUGAGCAGGAACAGCAUCAGUGUGAUAAGUUAUUAAAAAGUCAAAGAAUUCACUCAGAAAAAAGAAAAAGUGGAAAAUAUGCCAAAACUCCGAGCCAUCUUAACGCACUGAACCUCGGCUUUGUUCGGCUCUGAUCGGCUGUUUCCGGUCACACUCGGCCGAAAUGAUGAAGUAGCGUCAAGUUAACGAAAGUAUCAAGAACUACACCGGAUUUCAAAAUAAGAUAGAGAGUCACAAAUAUAGAGACGCAAGACCCAAACACGAACACCAUAGAAAUAAAAAUGAGUUCAGUUAAAUAUUAAAAGUGUUUUAUUUUAUUUUAUUUUACUUAAAGCCGAUUAUAAAGUAACAAGCCCCUUUUCUCGAUCUUAUUGCAUCUGCCUUUAGGUCCUCUUUAAUAUCUCAUUUUAGCCAAAUUCGUCGUCAAGUUAUUUUCCUUCUGAAACAGGUUAUAAAACUUUCAGAUAUUUGUCAGAUUUCUAUCACUCUUAUGCUGAAACGUAAUUUUCGCAACAGUCGUGCUUUUGUUGUGAAUUCUCAAACCGGAAAUGCAGCUAGUUAGCUCCGUUAGCUUGUUAGCUGCUGUUGUAACCUGAGCGGCGGACGGAGGCGAUCUUUGCCGACAGAGGACGACUGUUCCCCGGCAGGGCAGGUCCUUCCAAUCGGGCAGAGAUGUAAGAUGGAGCCGUGAGGAUAUUUUUUUUAGAGAUUCUGGGUAAAAAAUAAAUAAAUGUUGAUCUCGACAUCAGGGAGAAACAGCCCGGCAGCAGGUGAAUGAACGGAGUCUGUCAGGUAGGAGCUAACGUUAGCUAACGGCACAUAGCAACAUUUCAUCAGUGAUGUCGAUGAUCCAAAAUGUUCCUUUUUAUUCCAGACAUCUCUCCCACCUCAUCGUGUUCGUGUUUAACACAGUGUAACUUCUCAGCUUUGCUUGAUAACAUCUUAAUGUAAAUCACGGCUGCUGUAAAAUCACAGUUUUAAUAAAUAACAUGAGACCUGAUUAUCCGAUUAC